AUGAAGAUCACUUUAAUACCAAUCUUUUUAAGCAUCAUCCAUGUCACUCUAUCAGCACCUGCUUUAACUUUCCCAACUCCCAAGAUUGGUGAAGAUAUAGUGAAAUACACCGAGGCUUUCCUAUCAAUCUUUAUCACACUAUUGGAUAAUAACUUCCCAGUUGUGCAAAUUGGUAAUUUGGUUCCUGACCUAAGUCUUGAUUUCAACAUGAAGGUUGUUGAACCAUUUGCCAAAGAUUUACCAAACUAUAACACAGAGUUCCCAGUGGAAGGUCUUGACCAAGGUAAAGUCAAAUGGUUAGUGGAAGCUGAAAAUAGAACUAAAGACGACCCCGUGAUUAUUUAUUCCCAUGGUGGUGGUUACGUCUUUGGAGUUUUCCCAUUUUUCCCCUUCUUGUUUACAAGAAUUUAUCAAGAAACUGGGAAUAAUCGUCUUUCAAUAUUGAUGUUGGAUUAUAAGCUAUCCCUUGAGGAGAAAUAUCCAUAUCAAUUGGGAGAACUAGCCUUGGUCUAUAAUAAAAUCGCUGAAUCCUCAAAUAAUAUCAUCUUGGCUGGUGAUUCUGCCGGUGUUCAUCUAAGUUUAAACUUAUUGAGACAUAGUAAGUUCCCAGUCUCUGGUGUCAAUCAAGUUUCUGCAGGAAACAUCACUGGUGGGUUAUUCUUCUCACCAUGGGUAAACAUGUACGUUGAUGAUACCACGGGGUCACAUGAGUACAAUAUGGGUAAAGAUAUUUUAACUCCAAAGAUUAUUAGAGAAGGUGGUAAACAAUUUGUGCCAAGUUCAAAUCUGCUAACUUCAAAUGUCGUCAAUUUUUAUAACGAUACAGAGGCUAAUUGGAAGGAAUUGGUACCAAAGAAUGUUUUAGCCACUUAUGGUGGUCAUGAAAUUAUGGAAACUGAUGAUAAAAGUUGGUUUGAAUUGGCUGGCUUGUCUGGUGACCAAAUUUUUGAAGAUAAAGGUGCCAUCCAUGAUGCUGUGAUCUUUACACCAGACCUAAGUGCUGUUGUUCCAAAAGCUGUGGAGUUUUUGAAAACAAACUACUGA